AUGUUUCUUUUCUAUCCUUUUUUUAACAAUAUUUAUUUUCUUUUUUUCCUUCCCGUCGGCCUUUUUUCUUCUCGCUUUUCUUUCACCGUUACUUUUGUAUUUCCUUUGCUUCUUCCUUUUUCAAACUCUUCCUUUCAUUCUCUUUUAUUCUUCAUUUUUUUUUCCUUUUAUUUGUUGAAUCUUUGUCUUUCUCUUUCUUUUUGGCAUCGUUUUCUUUUAUUCUAUAUUUGUAUUUCUUUGUCUCCUUUUUUAAUCUUAUAUUUCGUUUCGUUCUUUUUUUUCCCCAAUAUUUAUUCUCUUUUCUUUCCUUCCCUUCUUCUGCCUUUUUCCUUCUUGCUUUUCUUUUUACCGUUACUCCUUCGCUUCUUCCUUUUUCAAACUUUUCCUCUCUUUUCCUUUUCGUUUUCUUCCCUUCUAUUUUUAGACUAUUCUUUCUUUUCAUUUCUCGCCUUCAAUUUUUCAUUCCCUUUUUCGCUUCUUCUUUUCCUUUUGUUCCUUUCGUUUCUUUUCCUUUUCUUCUUCGCUUGUAUCUGUUCCUUUUCUUCAUUUUUCUUCCGUUUGACUUUUACUUCUCUCUUUCAUUUCUUUCCUUCGACCUUUCCUUCAUUUGUUCAUUUCUUCUUAUUUCCUUUCCUUUCUUUUUGUUUUCUUUCUCAAUUUGUUCUUUCUUUCCUUUCAUCUCAUUUUCUUUCCUUCCCCUUUUUUUGUCUUUUUCUACCUGCUUUAGUCUCGCUGUUACUUUCGUUUUUUUCUUCUCUUCUCUCCUUUCACCUUUUCAUUGUCUUUCUUAUUUUCAUCAUUAUUUUGUCAUUUUCUUCUCUUUUGUCUCUUUCCAUUUCAUUCCUUCGACAUUUCCUUCGCUUUUACCUCUGUUCUUUCCGACUUUUCUUUCUUUUUUUCAACUAUUGUUCACUUUUUUUCCACUUCUUUCUUCCUUCCAUCCUUUUCUCCCUUACUUGUUUUUGUUUCAUCGUCACUUUCUUUUUUUUCUUUAUCACUCUUUCUUUCCUUUCUUUUUUUUUCUUCGACUUGCUCCUCCAUUUUUUUUUUUGCAUCUUUCCAUCUUUCAUUUUCCUUACGUUUUUCGCUACUGUUUUUCUCGUCUUUCUUUUCAGCUUAUCUGCUGCAAUUUUUAAUUUCUUCUUUUUUUUCUAUUCUUCCUUCCCAUCGUCUCUUCCUUUAUUUCCUUUGACCUUUCUUUCACUCUUUUUUAUUUUUACUUUAUUCUUUUCAGUCAUUUCCUUUUUAGCCUUAUCCUUUCCUUUCUUUCUUUUAUUCCAUCGAUUUUUGUCUUCUUUUUUUUUCUUUUCGACCUUCUGUCUUUUCUUUCCAUCCUAUUUGUUCGUUUAUUUAUACAAGCUUUUAUCUCACCUUUUUCUUUUUCACUUUUCAUCGUUAUUUUACAUUGUUUCUUUUCUCGUCUUCUUUUUCUGUUCUUUCCCUUUCAUUUUCUUUUCUUUCUUUUCCCCUUCAUCACUCUUUUCUUUACGUCCAAGCUACAUGAGCUCAUCCCGAUAUUUCUGUGUUUUUCUUUAA